UCUAGUGGUCUGGAAGGCACUUGUCUACAUGAGUUCGACUGCCAGAGUAUAGCUGGAUCACCCAUGGGCUCAUGCGCUGAUGGCUUGGGAACGUGUUGUGUCAUCCUUUUCGCCUGCGACUCAAAUUCAUCAGCUCUAUCUGGGUGGUUCGUCAAUCCAAACUUCCCAGCCCCGAGUUCAGAGAGACUGUCCUGUGUAGUCACUUUGGAGAAAAAUUCUCACGACAUCAAGCAGUUUAGGUUGGAUUUCACCAAUUUUGAGAUUUUACCACCCACAAGUGGGAAUUGUGAGCAAGACCAAUUCUCUAUCUCCGGGCAAGAUGCUAACAAUGUAAUACCCAUUAUCUGUGGUAUUAACAGUGGCCAGCAUAUGUACAUAGAGGUUGGAAAUACGGAGGGACCCAUCAAUCUUUCUAUUCAAACCCUGAAUGAGGAAAAUAGACUAUUCUCCAUUAAAGUAACACAGCUGACCGCUUCUGACGAUUUGGCAGCGCCGUCGGGUUGUCUUCAGUACCACACAGAGGACCAUGGUCACAUAGAGUCAUUCAACUAUAAAGACAGAACUGAAAUAGGCAUCCUGAGAAGUUUGGGUUAUUUGAAUAAUCUUAACUACGCAAUAUGUAUAAGAAGGUCGCCGUCCACCUGUUCCAUUACAUACACAAAUGUUGGAGAAAUGCAAAUCGUAAAUUAUGAUACAGAUGGAACACCAAUAAUACCGCCACGCCAAGCGGGCGUAGAGAUAUACAACUGCCCGAGUGACUGGCUACUGAUAGCAGCAGUGAGACUCUGUGGCGAGAGAUUAAACGAUGGAUCCAUUUUACAGGACUUCUCAUUAGAUGCACCAGUCACAGAUGAGGGUGCUGGUCCCAUAAUAGUGUGGUUUAGAACUGAUGGUGUCUACACUGGAAGAGGGUUCAAGUUGCAUUACCAACAAAACUCCUGCUCUAUGCCUAUUUGAAUGUUGAAA